UGAAGGUUAGACCGGGUGAUGUGAGCUCGACUCAAUCAAUCUAUUUUGUAAAAGUCUUUCAACCUCUUUCACCAUUGCCCCCAACCGACGCUCCGUGGAUUUCCUGUCAUCGCUUGGUCUCCGCACCGCGCGGAAGAAUUGGUCACUGUUGGUUGCAGGCACUGCUGGCGCGAUGGUUCUGCUGACAGUUGCCAUUGCGGUCCCGCUUCUCCUCCUGCGCCCCUCGGAGACCUCCGCACAUUACUACGAAAUGAUGGGCACCUGUCGGAUGGUGUGCGACCCCUACAGCACUAAACCCGGGGAUGCGGCCGCAGGGGAGGAGACCCAGACCGUCAACGGCAUCGCACCGCUACCACCGAUGGCGCAAGGGAGUCGCGGGGAACCGGGGCGACCGGGGAAACCGGGACUAAGGGGUCCACCGGGACCCCCGGGAGCCAGGGGUCCGCCGGGGGAGCGAGGUGGCAGCAAAGUCGCCUUUCCUGCUUUAACAGCUACGGCCGCCGGCGACGCAGAUGCUAACUCUACAAACAGUGGCAAUCGGGUCGCUUUUUAUGUCGGCCUAAAGAAUCCCCACGAGGGCUAUGAGGUGCUAAAGUUUGACGAUGUCAUUACAAACUUAGGGAACCUUUACGAUCCGAGCACCGGGAAGUUCACUUGCCAUGUUUCGGGGAUCUACUACUUCACUUAUCAUGUGCUGAUGCGGGGAGGAGACGGAACCAGCAUGUGGGCCGACCUGUGUAAAAAUGGACAGGUCAGAGCAAGUGCCAUAGCUCAGGACGCGGACCAAAACUAUGACUAUGCCAGCAACAGUGCUGUUCUGCACUUGGACUCGGGUGACGAAGUUUAUGUGAAACUGGAUGGUGGCAAAGCUCACGGAGGCAACAAUAACAAGUACAGCACCUUCUCGGGCUUCAUUUUAUACCCCGACUAGGUCAAAUGGUCAACAGCAUUCUUUUCGUGGAAUAAUAUUGUUAUGAUGUGUUUUUGUGUCCCUAAAAACACAAGCUGCUUAUGUUCAUGUCAAUUGAUGAACAGCUUUGUCAAUGCAGAGGCGAAUAGGAUUUUUUACUUAAAUUCUCUGCUAGAUUUGCAGUGAGCCAUAUUGUUCAAAUGUCAGCUGGAUAAGCAUGUUCAAUUUCCUACCAUUCCAUAUAUUGUUCUUACAAAUUAACAUGAAAUAAGCCAUCUAAUUCUCUUUCAUGUCAUGAUUUCUGGUUACAAAAAAGGAAAUGAAAUUAAUAUAAUAAUAAUAAUAAUAAAGAAAUACAAUAUAAAUAUCAAGUCUUCAGGUUUUUUUAUUCUGGUAAAAAAAAAAAAAAAAACACUUACCGCCUUUUUGGACCAUAAGUGAC